AUGGAAUCGGACAAGUUUAUUGUCGUCCGCGAAAUGAUUGGGGACUCUCAGCAAGUGGUUAUUAUCGAUCUCGCAGAUCCCAUGAAUCCGCAAAGGCGACCAAUAUCCGCCGACUCUGUCAUUAUGCAUCCUUCGGCGAAAAUCAUCGCUCUGAAAUCGGGUAAAACUCUACAAAUAUUCAACAUCGAACUAAAAGCAAAGGUGAAAGCGCAUCAAAAUGCUGAGGAUAUCAUUUUUUGGAAGUGGAUCAAUGAAAAAACGAUUGCCUUGGUCAGUGAAACCGCUGUGUACCAUUGGUCGAUUGAAGGAGAAAGUGCGCCGACGAAAAUGUUCGAACGACACCAAUCGUUAGCGGGUAGCCAAAUAAUCAACUAUCGUGCGGAUUUAGAAUGCAAGUGGCUGGUCCUCGUUGGAAUAGCCGCCAAGGAAAAUCGUGUUGUUGGAAGCAUGCAGUUGUACAGCACCGAAAGGAGGGUCUCACAACCAAUCGAAGGUCAUGCCGCGUCCUUCGUUCGCUUCAAAAUGGACGGAAAUCCUCAUCCUUCCAACCUGUUCUGCUUCUCUGUCAAGAAUGAGGCCGGAGGAAAGCUUCACGUCAUUGAAGUUGGAUCGCCCCCUGCUGGAAAUCAACCGUUCCCAAAGAAGGCUGUUGACGUUCCUUACACCGCCGAAACUGCUAAUGACUUCCCAGUUUCGAUGCAGGCUUCAUCCAAGCACGGAAUUGCCUAUCUGGUGACAAAGCAUGGGCUCGUUCAUCUUUAUGAUAUGGAAUCGGGUUCUCGUAUUUAUUCAAAUCGUAUUUCCACGGAUACCGUUUUCGUAACAUGUGAAUAUCAAGCUACUGGAGGUAUAAUGGGUAUAAAUCGUAAGGGACAGGUGUUGUCAGUUUCGAUCGAUGAGAACAACAUGAUUCCUUUUGUUACACAACAGCUGCAAAAUCCGGACUUAGCGCUUCGACUUGCCGUUCGGUGUGAUUUGCCUGGUGCGGAAGAACUGUUCGUGCGUAAAUUCAACCUGCUUUUCGGUAACGGUCAAUUUGCUGAAGCUGCGAAGGUUGCAGCCACGGCUCCUCAGGGCAUUCUUCGUACGCCGCAAACAAUUCAAAAGUUCCAACAAUGUCCAGCCAAUCCUGGUGGCGGUGCCUCACCAUUGCUACAGUACUUUGGCAUAUUGCUUGACCAAGGUAAGCUUAAUAAGUACGAGACACUUGAACUAUGUCGUCCUGUUCUGGCUCAGGGACGUAAGGAAUUGCUCAACAAAUGGCUCAAUGACCAGAAAUUGGAGUGUUGUGAAGAAUUGGGAGAUCUUGUUCGUCCUCAUGACCCUACCGUAGCACUGUCGAUUUACCUUCGUGGUAACGUCCCACAUAAGGUGGUCCAAUGCUUCGCUGAGACAGGCCAAUUCGAUAAAAUCAUCCUGUAUGCAAAACGUGUUGGCUUUGAACCUGACUAUUUGUUCCAGCUGAGACAGAUUUUGCGUUCCGGAAAUCAAGAAGCAGGAGCUAAGUUUGCUCAGAUGAUGGUGAUGGAAAGUGAAAAUGGAGAGCCCUUAGCUGAUUUGAAUCAAAUUAUUGACUGCUUCAUGGAAGUGCAGGCUGUGCAACCUUGCACGCAGUUCUUGCUCGAGGUACUCAAAGGUGACAAACCUGAAGAAGGUCACUUGCAGACUCGUUUGCUUGAAAUGAAUCUGCUCGCUGCACCACAAGUGGCGGACGCAAUUCUUGGAAAUAAGAUGUUCAGUCACUACGACAGGCCGCAGAUUGGCCAGCUUUGCGAGAAAGCUGGUUUACUUCAGCGAGCACUCGAACACUUCACAGAUUUGUAUGAUAUAAAGCGAACUGUUGUGCAUACAACACAUUUCAAACCAGAUUGGCUGGUCAAUUAUUUCGGCACUCUGUCCGUGGACGACUCUCUCGAGUGCUUGAAAGCUAUGCUCACUCAGAACAUUCGUCAAAAUCUACAGGUUGUGGUGCAAAUUGCUUCUAAAUACCAUGAGCAGUUGGGUACCGACAAGUUAAUCGAUAUGUUCGAGACUCACAAAAGCUAUGAGGGGUUGUUCUAUUUCCUCGGAUCAAUCGUGAAUUUCAGCCAGGAUCCCGAAGUGCACUUCAAGUAUAUACAGGCUGCAACCCGCACCGGUCAGAUCAAAGAAGUUGAGCGCAUCUGCCGCGAGUCGAACUGCUACGACGCAGAACGCGUGAAGAACUUCCUCAAGGAAGCUAAACUCGCCGAUCAGCUACCAUUGAUAAUCGUCUGUGAUCGACAUGAUAUGGUCCAUGAUCUUGUACUUUAUUUGUACAGAAAUCAGCUUCAGAAGUAUAUUGAAGUGUUUGUGCAGAAAGUCAACUCUGCACGUCUCCCUAUUGUAGUAGGAGGUCUUCUUGACGUUGACUGUUCCGAAGAUGCUAUUAAGCAGUUGAUUCUUAAUACCCGUGGGAAAUUCGAUAUAGACGAAUUGGUUGCAGAGGUUGAGAAAAGAAACAGACUGAAGCUACUGUCUCAUUGGCUGGAAUCUCGCGUACAGGAUGGUGCCACGGAUGCAGCUACUCAUAAUGCAAUGGCCAAGAUCUAUAUAGAUGCCAACAAUAAUCCCGACCGUUUUCUCAGAGAGAAUCCCUACUACGACAGUCGUGUCGUUGGCAAGUAUUGCGAGAAGCGUGAUCCGCACUUUGCAUUCUUGGCGUACGAACGUGGCCAGUGCGAUGCUGAGUUGAUUGCGGUCUGCAAUGAGAACUCGCUGUUCAAAAAUCUUGCGCGCUACCUCGUUCGCCGCCGCGAUUAUGGACUUUGGGAGCAAGUACUCAAUGAAGAGAACCAGUACAGAAGACAGCUUAUUGAUCAGGUCGUACAAACUGCUCUGUCUGAAACUCAAGAUCCAGAAGACAUAUCGGCGACUGUCAAGGCUUUCAUGGCAGCUGACCUGCCUAAUGAGCUCAUCGAGUUGCUCGAGAAAAUCGUGCUCGACAACUCGGCCUUCUCCGAGCACCGUAACUUGCAGAACUUGCUCAUCCUCACUGCGAUGAGGGCGGAUCGCUCUCGAGUCAUGGAGUACAUUCAAAAGCUUGACAACUACGACGCUCCAGAUAUAGCUAAUAUAGCUAUCUCGAGCGAGCUGUACGAGGAGGCGUUUGCAAUCUUCAAGAAGUUCGAUGUGAACAACAGUGCCAUCAACGUAUUGAUUGAUAAUGUCGCCAAUCUCGAUCGUGCCUAUGAAUUUGCUGAAAAGUGUAAUCAAUCCGAUGUCUGGGCAAGUCUCGCUAAGGCACAACUGAGACAAGAUAUGGUCAAAGAAGCAGUUGAUUCAUUCAUCAGAGCAGACGAUCCAGGGGCUUAUAUGGAAGUUGUAAGCAAGUGCACGCAGACUGAACAUUGGGAGGACCUUGUGCGAUUCCUUCAAAUGGCUCGCAAGAAGUCGCGAGAAUCGUACAUCGAGACCGAGCUAGUUUAUGCUUAUGCCAAGACUGGCCGGCUCACGGAAUUGGAGGAAUUUAUCUCAGGACCAAAUCAUGCUCAGAUUGGCCUUAUUGGUGAUCGAUGCUUUGAUAAUGGCAUGUACGAGGCGGCCAAAAUUCUUUUCAACAAUAUUUCUAACUUCGCCAAAUUGUCUGUCACCCUUGUUCGUCUUGGAGAGUACCAAGGAGCUGUGGAUGCUGCUCGAAAGGCGAAUAGCACGAAGACAUGGAAGCAAGUAUGCUUUGCAUGCGUUGAAAACGGGGAGUUCCGUCUAGCUCAAAUGUGCGGCCUGCACAUUGUUGUACAUGCAGAUGAACUGGAGGAACUGAACAACUUUUACCAAGAUCGCGGACACUUUGAAGAAUUGAUCGGCCUUCUUGAGGCGGCACUGGGUUUGGAACGAGCUCACAUGGGUAUGUUCACCGAACUGGCUAUCCUGUACAGUAAAUAUAAGCCGGAGAAGAUGCGUGAGCACUUGGAGCUGUUCUGGAGCCGAGUGAACAUUCCGAAAGUGUUGCGUGCUGCCGAACAUGCUCAUUUGUGGGCAGAAUUGGUGUUCCUGUACGACAAAUACGAAGAAUUCGAUAAUGCCGCGCUCACCAUGAUGCAGCAUCCUACGGAAUCAUGGAGGGAGCAGCAUUUCAAGGAAGUUAUCGCCAAGGUUGCCAACGUUGAAUUGUAUUAUAAAGCUAUGCAGUUUUAUUUGGAUUAUAAGCCAUUGCUUAUAAACGACUUGCUGGCGGUGCUCUCUCCUCGGCUUGAUCAUUCUCGAACUGUGCAGUUCUUCUCGAAGCUGAAGCAUAUCCCACUUAUCAAACCAUACCUGAAGCAAGUUCAGAAUCUUAACAACAAAGCAAUCAAUGAGGCAUUGAAUCAACUGCUUAUCGAUGAAGAAGACCAUGCUGGUUUGCGUGCGUCGAUUGAUUCGCAUGACAAUUUCGAUAACAUUGCGUUGGCACAACAAUUGGAGAACCACCCGCUUGUCGAGUUCAGACGAAUUUCUGCAUAUCUCUUCAAGGGUAAUAACCGAUGGAAACAAUCGAUCGAGCUUUGUAAGAAAGACAAGUUGUACAAGGACGCGAUGGAGUAUGCAGCUGAGUCGAGGUCUAGCGAGCUAGCUGAGGAGUUAAUCGCUUUCUUCCUCGACGAGCGUCUUUACGAAUGUUUUGCUGCCGCCCUAUACCACUGUUAUGAUCUUUUACAUCCCCACGUAAUCCUCGAGCUGGCAUGGAAAAACAAAAUUACCGACUACGCUAUGCCCUAUAUGGUGCAAGUGUUCCGCGACUUCCAAAUCCGUAUCGAACGUUUGGAACGCGCAGAGGCGGAGCGAAAGGAUGAACAGCGAGAACAGCAGCAACAAAAUGGCAUGACCAGUUAG